AUGGACAACUUCGCAGCAAUCCAUAGCCAAACUGACGGUCAAGACAGUAUCAUUGUAUUUCUUGAUUCAGAAAAUGCUUUUGAGCUAGCCAAUCAACAAAUAAUUGUCAGCUUCCUUCCCUCUAAAGAUAUCUUAGGCAAACUCUUAUCUUGGUCUAAUGAUUACUUCUACAAUAGACAAGCUCGAGUCAAGUACCAGGGACACUUCUCUGAAUUUUAUACAUUUGAAAAUGUAACUUCUCAAGGUGGAAUCCUCAGCCCAUUUCUGUUCAGUAUCCUUGUACCCGAACUAAUCUCUCUUGGUCUUCCAUCUAAAUCUCAUUUACUUACAUAUGCUAAUAACCUGCAAUUAAUAUCAGUCAGAAGAGCCAGACUAGUAAAUGCUCAACCCAUACUCGACCUCAUAUCAAGAAGUGCAAAGAUUUAG